AAUACUUCAUUAUCUUUAGCCAUGUGGAAACCAACGGGUACCAACGUUGUUCCUUUGGGCGUCAAGCGACGUUUCGGUGAAGGUUCUCCUGAACCCGCGUCCCCUUCUUCAGCAACAGGAAGCGGUACAUACCAAAGCGCAGGCAACAGAACACCACCAGCAGCAGUAGAAGCGUUUAGAUCAAACGGAAAUCAAGGUAGUGGUGGUAGUGGUGCCGGUGCAGAUGCUUCUUCUGAAGGACGACGAAAGCGAAGGAGCCGCUGGGGAGACAGUGAUAAAAAAAUUAACGUACCUGGUCUGCCUACGACGUUGCCAAAGCUUAGUCAGGAACAAACGGAUAAUUAUGUUUUACAAAUUCGUUUGGAAGAAAUUAAUCGCAAGCUGCGAAUGGGAGAUUAUGUUCCUGCUGAACGCCUAAGAUCGCCAUCGCCUGAGCCUAUUUACAACGCAGAAGGCAAGCGUGUGAAUACACGAGAAGCUCGCUAUCGCAAAAAGCUCGAAGACGAGCGCCACAAGUUGGUCGAAACCGCCAUCAAGACGAUUCCCAACUACAGACCGCCUGCCGACUACAAACGACCCUCGCGCCUUCAUGAAAAAGUGUAUAUUCCUGCAAAAGAGUUUCCCGAGAUCAAUUUCAUUGGCCAGUUGAUCGGCCCCCGUGGCAAUACAUUGAAAAACAUGGAGCAGCAAUCCGGUGCAAAGAUCAGUAUCCGUGGUCGAGGUUCAGUCAAAGAGGGCAAGGCACGCACUGAUGCUGCUAGCAACUCGGCACAAGAAGAGGAUUUGCAUUGUCUUGUUAUGGCGGAUACAGAGGACAAGGUCAAGAAGGCAGUCAAGUUAAUUGAGAAGAUCAUUGAAACGUCUGCUACGCUUCCAGAAGGUCAGAACGAGCUGAAGCGAAACCAGCUGCGUGAAUUGGCUGCUCUUAACGGUACUUUGCGAGACGACGAAAAUCAAACGUGUAUCAACUGUGGUGGUAUCGGGCAUCGACGUUACGAAUGUCCUGAACGACAAAAUUACACCGUCAGUCUUACGUGUCGUAUUUGUGGUGGUCGUGGUCACACAGCACGCGACUGUCUCCACCGUAACGAUCCCGAAUUUAUGGCUCAAGCCAAAGAACGCGAUCAGCAUCUCGAUAGCGAAUAUAUGAACUUGAUGGCUGAACUUGGCGAGAAGGUUCCUGAAGAAGGUGGCAGCGGCGGCGCUGGUCACCCUGCCGGCGGUGGCUAUGAUGGUGGCCAUAGACGAUCGUACGGUGACAGAGCACCUUGGCAGCGACCACCUGCUCCUACUGGAGCUGCACCUCCAUGGCAACGGGAUCACAGUUCUGGCCCUCCCCACUCGUCUGGGGGCGGAGGAGGAAGCGGAGGCCCUGCUCCUUGGCAGCAAAGAAACAACUACGGUCCACCACAAGGUGGCUCAUCCUAUGGCCCACCACCUACAUCUUCUGGCUACUAUCAGGCUUAUGGCGGCAAUCAAGGUGGUUACGGCGGCGGCUAUGGCGGCAGCGGUUAUCAGCCAUACGAUCCAUCGCAAGCCGCACCUCCCCCACCCUCUAAUGCACCGCCACCAUGGGCACAACAGCAAGCUCCACCUCCACCACCGCCACCAUCUGGAGACGGAGGAUAUGAUGCUCCACCACCUCCACCUCCACCUUCCGAGCCCGCACCUCCCCCACCUCCAUCAUCGGCACCGCCACCACCACCCCCGCCUGAGGAGUAAAUAACAAAGUUUGACUGGGCUUUCUCUCACUAACUAACCCACUCACAGACAGAAUAACAAAAAAGAUCUCUUCAUCGUUUUUCAUUAUAUAUACUGUAUUAAAAUACGAAACACAGUUUUUUAGGUCUAUUGUGAAUUAACUGCGAAAUGUCAUAUUCUUUUUUUUGACUUUUCUUACGCCAGUAAUAAAAAAAUUAAUGAUGCGCCCGCGUGAAGUUUGUUUUGAUAUAUAGGACCCCCUCCCCCCCCCACUGUCAAUACUAGCUCUAUCAACAGAGUCCCU